UACCGUCUUUUUUUCGUGCCGGCGUCUGCAAGUGCGUGUGCGUACAAGUGCGUGUUUGUGUUUGUGCUGGUGUUUGUAUUUUUGUAUUAGUGUGGCAGUGGGUGCAUCUGUGUGCGAGACAACAAAAGAAUUGGAAUAAUAUUUAGCGGGCCCCAAACAAUAAUUGCUUACUUGCCCAAUGCCCGUUAUUUCGUUACUGCACUGCCAAAAUAGCAAAUCGAAUUUUGUACACACAAUUGCAAACUAUUAUUGCACAACUUGAGCGACAACUAAGCUUUGCACAACGAUUGGACCAAACUAUAAACAAAAGAUGGCUUUGAUAAGACUGGCAAGACAAUUGGGCUUGAUUGACACAUUAUAUGUGGACGGCGCCAGACCCGACGCUGCCAACGAGUUAGAUGUAGCGCACAACGAAGCUGAGCUCAAUAUUAGCGAGGCCAACAAUACAGCCGCCGUUAACGCAAAGCCCAAGAAAACGCGCAAGUCCAAGCAUCUGGCCAUGCAGCCUUUUACCCAUGUGAUUGCGGUGGAUUUUGAGGCGACCUGUUGGGAGAAACAGGCGCCGCCCCAAUGGCGUGAAGCUGAGAUUAUUGAAUUUCCCGCUGUUUUGGUAAAUUUGAAAACAGGCAAAAUCGAAGCUGAAUUUCACAAGUACAUAAUGCCCAUUGAAUCGCCGCGCUUGAGCAGCUACUGCACCGAGCUAACAGGCAUUGAACAGAAGACUGUGGACGCGGGCGUGCCGCUGCAGACAGCCUUAAUGAUAUUCCAUGAGUGGCUGCGCAAGGAGCUGCGUGCACGCAACUUAACGCUGCCCAAGACCAGCAAGUCGAAUAUACUUGGCAACUGUGCUUUUGUCACCUGGACGGACUGGGACUUUGGCAUUUGCCUGCACAAGGAGUGCUCCAGGAAGCGCAUGCGCAAGGCGCCCUACUUCAAUCAAUGGAUCGACGUGCGCGCCAUUUAUCGCGAGUGGUACAAGUAUCGGCCCUGCAACUUUAGCGAUGCACUCUCGCACGUGGGCUUGGCAUUUGAAGGACGUGCGCAUUCGGGCAUCGAUGAUGCCAAGAAUCUGGGCGCGCUUACCUGCAAAAUGGUACGGGAUGGUGCGCUCUUUUCCAUCACCAAAGAUUUGACGCCAUAUCAACAGCUGAAUCCCAAUUGUGUGUUGUGAGCGAUAGUAGCGAUACACCCUCCAAAACAGCCCAUAGCAAUAGCAACCACAACAACAACAACAACAAUAUGCUUUUAGCUAUUGACUUGCAAUAAAUAUAAUUAUAUUGAAUAUAACAAUUGUAUGUGGGGAGGAUAUAUGUAUAUAUUCAUUUGUGGUUUUUCUACAACGGCAAUUGAUAAGACUUGAAAAAAUUUGUUGAACUGUUCGCAAUUCAAAAUCACACACACACACACACACAACUGCAAAGCAUACAUAUAUAAGGAAAUGGCCUUUAGAGCAUAUUUUUCUACAAUUCAUACUUGAUACAUGCAUAUAUAGCGAUAAACUGUACUACGUACAUAAAACCUACUUAUAAUAAAAUAUACAUAUUGUAUUGUAAACGACUUACACGGCCUACCAUUUAAGUUAA